AUGAGCGACACCAAAGCCCCCAUCACAUCAGAACAACCAGCUCAACCUCAGCCUACCUCCGCAAAUUACCAACCAACGACCGGAACCGAGGAAUGGUCCAACAAUAUAUUUGACUGCUUCAAGGGAGCUGACAAUCUCUGCCUGAAAGCGACAUUCUGCCCCUGCUUCGUCUAUGGUCGCACUCAAGCCAGGCUUAGAGACCCAAGCCUCACUGGCUACGAAAGGAUAAACAACGACUGUCUCCUCUUCGCAGGCCUGAACUGCGUCGGUGCUGGAUUCGUCCUCGAAUUCCUCAAGCGUCAAGACAUCCGCGCCAAGUACUCCAUCCGCGGCGACACGCCCUCUGAUGCCCUCCUCUCCUUCUGCUGCGGCUGCUGCUCCCUGAUCCAAGGCGAGAAAGAGGUCAUCGGUCGCGCGCGUGCGCAAACGCAGCAGACUCAGGGGUCUUUGGGAUAUCAGGCGCCUGCUGGUAUGCACGCUGAUCCCCACUAG